UCUCAACCCAAGAGUGUCUCCGAACACAUCAUGAAGCUGCUUCUGGUUUGCAUUGGCGCUGUCCUCCUGGCUGUGUGUCAGGCAGGAAAUAUAAAAGGUGGAUCCGGUGGCGGACAUGGAGGAUCUGUAGGAGGUUCCUUUGGAGGAGCCUCCUCUGGAGGCUAUGGCUCUCGUGGUGGCUCCUCCGGUGGUGGUAGCAAAGGUGUCUCAGUAGGUCACGGUUCCUCUGGAGGUUUCGGAGGAGGAUUUGGAGGAGGAUCCUCUGGAGGAUACGGCUCUGGUGGAGGUCAAGGGGGCCGGUCUGGAGGAGGAUUCGGAGGAGGAUCCUCUGGAGGCUAUGGCUCUCGUGGUGGCUCCUCCGGUGGUAGCAAAGGUGGCUCAGUAGGUCACGGCUCCUCUGUAGGUAUAGGAGGAGGAUUUGGAGGAGGAUCCUCUGGAGGAUACGGCUCUGGUGGAAGUCACGGUGGUCGGUCUGGAGGAGGAUUCUCCGGUGGACGAGGAGGUGGAUCCAGGGGUGGAGGAUAUGGAAAAUAAAUUUGAUUGCGAGUUGAUGCAAAUAACUAACUUCAAAUUUGUAGAAAGUUGACAAAUAU